CAGGUUGUGAGAAGGUAUCAGUGCGGCUCGUGAGUGCGUCUGGUCUUUCACCGCAACUAUCAGAGAGCAACGGAAGGAAAGCGCGUCCCCGCGUGAUGCUCCGCUUGAGACCACAGCAUUUCAUCUGAGAGACGUCAGAGACUGUAGCCUCACCUUUUGCAAGGCAAAGGCAUUUUGUUAGAAUUCACCGUGAGGGGCUGACACCUCUCAAGCCGUGCAUCACCUGAGAGGAGAAGAGUGACUGCGCCAACAUGGGGUAUGGCCGAUCAGACAGUUACCGCGUUGCCACCACACAGGACAAAGAUGACCGAUCCCCCAAGAAGAAGAAGGGGGCGACCAAGGACAUGGAUGACCUGAAGAAGGAAGUGCCCAUUACGGAACAUAAGAUGUCUGUAGAGGAAGUGUGCCGGAAAUUCCAGACUGAUAUUGUGCAGGGACUGACCAACGCCAAGGCAGCAGAGUUCCUGCUGAGGGAUGGUCCCAAUGCUCUCACCCCUCCUCCCACCACACCAGAGUGGGUCAAGUUCUGUCGCCAGCUGUUUGGUGGAUUCUCCAUCCUGCUGUGGUUAGGCGCCAUCCUUUGUUUCCUGGCCUACGCCAUCCAGGCAGCCACUGAGGACGACCCUGCAGGAGACAACUUGUACCUGGGUAUCGUGCUCACAGCUGUUGUCAUCAUCACUGGCUGCUUCUCAUACUUCCAAGAGGCUAAGAGCUCCAAAAUCAUGGAGUCUUUCAAGAACAUGGUGCCUCAGCAAGCGUUGGUGAUCCGAGAGGGUGAAAAGGUACAGAUCAACGCUGAAGAGGUGGUGGCUGGAGAUCUGAUCGAAGUGAAAGGUGGAGACAGGAUUCCUGCUGACAUCAGGGUGGUAUCUGCUCAUGGCUGCAAGGUGGAUAACUCCUCCCUGACUGGCGAGUCAGAACCUCAGAGCAGGUCACCUGACUGUACCCAUGACAACCCCUUGGAGACCCGAAACGUUGCUUUCUUCUCCACCAACUGUGUGGAAGGCACAGCACGUGGCAUCGUUAUCUGCACUGGAGACCGCACAGUCAUGGGUCGCAUCGCUACGCUGACCUCUGGCCUGGAGACCGGCAAAACCCCCAUCGCCAAGGAGAUCGAGCACUUCAUCCACAUCAUCACGGGUGUGGCCGUCUUCCUGGGUGUCACCUUUUUCGUCCUGGCCCUCAUCCUGGGUUACAGCUGGCUCGAGGCUGUCAUCUUCCUCAUCGGCAUCAUUGUGGCAAACGUGCCUGAAGGGCUGCUGGCCACCGUCACUGUGUGUCUGACCCUGACUGCCAAACGCAUGGCUAAGAAGAACUGCCUGGUGAAGAACUUGGAAGCUGUGGAAACCCUGGGCUCCACCUCCACCAUCUGCUCUGACAAGACCGGAACUCUGACCCAGAACAGGAUGACUGUGGCCCACAUGUGGUUUGACAACCAGAUCCACGAGGCUGACACCACCGAGGACCAGUCUGGUGCCUCAUUUGACAAGUCGUCAGUGACUUGGCAGUCUCUGGCACGUGUUGCUGCUCUGUGUAACCGCGCUCAGUUCAAAGCGGGACAAGACUCCAUCGCCAUCCUGAAGCGCGAUGUUGCCGGCGAUGCCUCAGAGUCGGCUCUGCUCAAGUGUAUCGAGCUGUCCUGUGGCUCAGUCAGGUUGAUGAGAGAUAAGAACAAGAAGGUGGCUGAGAUCCCCUUUAACUCCACCAACAAAUACCAACUGUCUGUGCACGAGACAGAGGAUCUCAAUGACAACCGCUACCUGCUGGUGAUGAAGGGAGCUCCUGAGAGGAUCCUCGACCGCUGCACUACCAUCCUGCUGCAGGGCAAGGAGCAGCCUAUGGAUGAAGAGUUGAAGGAAGCUUUCCAGAACGCCUACAUGGAGCUUGGAGGACUGGGGGAGAGAGUGCUGGGUUUCUGCCACGUGAUGCUUCCAGAAGACCAGUACCCCAAGGGUUUUGCCUUUGACACAGAUGAUGUCAACUUCCAGACAGAUAACCUUUGCUUCGUGGGCCUCAUGUCCAUGAUCGACCCUCCCCGUGCUGCUGUGCCCGAUGCUGUCGGCAAAUGUCGAUCUGCUGGUAUCAAGGUCAUCAUGGUCACUGGAGAUCAUCCAAUCACAGCCAAGGCCAUCGCUAAGGGCGUGGGCAUCAUCUCAGAAGGCAAUGAAACAGUGGAGGACAUUGCAGCUCGUCUCAAUAUACCUGUCAGCCAGGUCAACCCCAGGGACGCCAAGGCGUGUGUGAUCCACGGCACCGACCUGAAAGAGCUGUCGCAGGAUCAGAUGGACGACAUCCUGAGGAAUCACACAGAGAUCGUGUUUGCCAGAACCUCCCCACAACAAAAACUCAUCAUUGUAGAGGGUUGUCAGAGACAGGGUGCCAUUGUGGCUGUGACAGGUGACGGUGUGAAUGACUCUCCUGCUCUGAAAAAGGCCGACAUUGGCGUUGCCAUGGGAAUCUCUGGCUCCGACGUGUCCAAACAGGCUGCAGACAUGAUCUUAUUAGAUGAUAACUUUGCGUCUAUUGUCACAGGAGUGGAAGAAGGCCGCUUGAUCUUUGAUAACCUUAAAAAGUCCAUCGCCUACACACUCACCAGCAACAUCCCAGAAAUCACACCCUUCCUCUUGUUCAUCAUCGCCAACAUUCCCCUGCCACUGGGAACCAUCACUAUCCUGUGUAUUGACCUGGGAACUGACAUGGUUCCAGCCAUCUCCUUGGCUUAUGAAGCAGCUGAGAGUGACAUCAUGAAGCGUCAGCCCAGGAACCCAUUCAGAGACAAGUUGGUGAAUGAAAGGCUUAUCAGCAUCGCCUAUGGACAAAUUGGUAUGAUCCAGGCUCUAGGAGGCUUCUUCGCUUACUUUGUCAUCUUGGCUGAAAAUGGUUUCCUGCCCUCUGGACUAAUAGGCAUUCGGCUAAAUUGGGACGACCGCUCCCUCAACGACCUGGAAGACAGUUAUGGACAACAGUGGACAUAUGAGCAGAGGAAGAUUGUGGAGUUCACGUGCCACACAGCCUUCUUUGUCAGUAUUGUAGUCGUGCAGUGGGCUGAUGUCAUCAUCUGCAAGACCAGACGUAACUCUGUGUUCCAGCAAGGCAUGAGGAACAAAAUCUUGAUCUUUGGCCUGUUUGAAGAGACAGCUCUGGCUGCCUUCCUGUCCUAUUGUCCAGGCAUGGAUGUGGCACUCAGGAUGUAUCCUCUAAAACCUUCCUGGUGGUUCUGUGCAUUCCCCUAUAGUUUCCUCAUUUUUGUUUAUGAUGAAAUCCGAAAACUGCUCAUCCGUCGAAACCCUGGAGGUUGGGUGGAAAGGGAGACAUACUAUUGAUCGAUGGAGCAACUUGGCUCAAACUCCCCUCAUCUUCCUCUUAUUUCUCCCUCCCAUCACUUUGUCCCUGGCAAGACACGCCUCCGGAUGUCCUGCCCCCUUAAAGACAAAAAUCGCUUUGAAGCAAUUUUCAUCUCAACUGCCCCAAAGAUUAAAAAGCAGCAAAAGCACCUUUACAACUUUGUACACUGACCCGCCCCCCCCCCAUUCUCCCAACUCCUAUGAUACUCUUUGCAUGUGUUCUCUCACAGCUGUGUACAUAAACCAAUAUAUCUACCAAACGGCAGCUGCAUAUUGUGUAAGUAGAUCUGAAUGAGCUAAGGAUACAAAUGGAGUGUCUAUGCUCUGCAAAAAGGGCCAUCCUGCUCCUUCCUCCCCCUGUUCUUCCCUUCUUCUCCCUCUCCCCUCUUUCUCUGUACCUUUGUUCCACUAUCUUAUCCCUCCUUGCCAACCCUUUGCUUGUCCUCCAAUCACACACACACACACAAACACGCACACACACACACGCGUAUAAAGAUGACACAGUGCGAUCCCACCGCUGACACCACUUCAACUGCCACCUCUUGCCGUGGUUUCCUGUCUGUGGAGGACCAGUGGAGUGGUCAUCUCCCUCUUGUUCUCACAGCGUCCAUUUUCCUUCUUUGUUGUUCUCAAUGGCCACAGUGUUGUUUUUGUUUUUUUAAUAUGUGGGGUGGGGGGGUGGGUGUCACUGGUUUUACUUGUCUUUUUUAUUUCUAAAACAGGAGGGUGGGUUUGUGAGAGCUGCUUUUCCUCAUUUAGGCCUAACUAAGCACAUCCCAUGGGGGACCUGUCCCUCCUCUCUCCCCCCCUCUGUCUCUCACACCCCUCCCCUCCCCUCCCUCCUGCCCCAUUUGUCUCUGUGUGCACUGUGUGAACCAUUGUUCUUGUUAAUAACUAUUACAGUACACCCAAGUUGGUAAAUGCAACUCAAAUUUUUUUUUCUGUGUGCUCUAGGAAAUCUAUACAAUUCUAUAUUGAAUUUAAAUGAAACAGUAAAAAAAGAAAGAAAAAAAAACAUGUUGAAAAACAGCUCAAGAAAGACAUUAAAGAUGUUGGCGAGAUUGGAAACAAUGA